CAUGUUCCCUCAGUGUUACAUGUGAAAGACAUGAAUUCUCAAGUUUUUUAUGGAAAUGACUCCUUUUAUGUGUUGAUUAGACUUCAUCAGACAUUGUAUGAGAGAAUACAAUCAGCAAAGGUUAACUCAUCAUCAGCUGAAAGGAAAUGGAGAGCUUCAAACGAUGCAAGCUCUACUAAUCAAUAUGACAGGUUCAUGAAUGCGCUUUACAGUUUGCUGGAUCGUUCUUCUGACAAUACUAAAUUUGAGGAUGAUUGUCGAGCUAUUAUUGGAACUCAAUCAUAUCUCUUAGUCACAUUAGACAAACUGAUAUAUAAACUUUUUAAACAGCUUCAGGCUGUUGCCAGCGAUGAGAUGGAUAAUAAGCUUCUUCAACUACAUGCAUAUGAGAAAUCAAGAAAACUUGGAAAGUUUUGCGAUAUAGUUUAUCACGAAAAUGCUCGCUUUCUUCUUCAUGAUGAGAACAUAUAUCGUAUUGAAUUUUCACCAAAACCAAAGACACUAUCUAUUUAACUUAUGGACUGUGGAAAUGUUAAGCAUGAAGUGACUGUUGUGUCAGUGGACCCAAUUUUUUCAGCCUAUCUGCAUAAUAAAUUCCUCUCCAUUGUCCCGGACCAAAAGACAUCAGGAAUUUCAUGAAAAG